AUUGAUUUCUCAAUCAUGAAAGCCUCAAAGAACAGCUUCACCAAACCACCGCCCAUCUCUGGUCUCAUGAAACCCUCUUUGGUCCACUCUUCUUCCUCUCCUUCUUCCUUCCCACACAAGCCGGAUCUCUCGGUCGCCGCCGACUUCUCCUUCUCCUCCUAUCUCAGGCCACCGUCGGACGAGGAGGAGCCCAAGAGACCGUCCCGAGAGCACAACCAGUGCGGGGCCGAUGACUCCGAGCUCAGCAUCUUUGAUGCCCGGAGGUACUUCAACGAAACCAAUGACCAAGGAUUCACCGAUCGUCCUAGAGUCAUCUCUCCCGUGAAGGAGAACUCGCCUGACCCGUCUCUGCUCCUCCCAAGAUUGUCCUCGGCUUCUUCAUCCGUCGCCGAUGGGUAUGGGAGGAAUUACUGGGCUCGAUCCUUCCGUUCGUACGCGACCCCAACGGCUUCAUCGGAGGCAAGUUGGAACAGCCACACCGGGCUCCUGACGAAUCCUCCUGGAGCGCUACCGGUGUCUCUCAGGGACCCUGCAGCCGCUAGGAAAAGAGGGACUGGCAACUCUCCGAGGUGGCUACUUUUCCAGCAAAAGUGCCCUUGCUUGGGCAAGAAAUCCGUUCGGGUCAAGGAGAGAUCUUUGGAACCGAGAUCUCCGGCUCGCCUAAGUAACUCCAGAUCGAAAGAACGUGGGGGUUACAAAGUUCAGCCAGAUAUAGCUCAAACAAAAGCCUUCUCUAUUUCUGCUGUUUCAGAAGCUAGUAAGGAGAGUUUAGUGGCAACUUCGACACCCCGUUACUACAAGGGCAAAACCGGCGAGAAGAUCGCAAAUUCCGUUCGUAGAAUCUCUUCAGAAGCCGAGAAUCACUUCCCUCCCGAAGUUCGUGCAUCGGUCGUAGCCCAAGGAAGGCCAUUCAUUGAUGGUACCACUAAUGCGGGAUUCACCUUUCCUGUGUUGAAACCAUCAAUGUCUUCAUCCUCAUCAUCGCCUCCUUUGAAGCCGGUUCCAAAUAGCCAACCAUCUAUUAAAAAAUCUGUUAGUCCGUUGCUUCCUCUCGCUAUAGAUCCGCCCCGGGAUUCAUUGGAAGUGUUCCAACCAUCCGGCACGUCCAAUACUCAUCCCCACCAACUGCUUGUCGCACCAGCUAGCCUCGGCCCGAGAGAGAACCAGGCUAUGGACGAUGAGGUGGCCAGCGAUGCGAGCUCAGAUUUGUUUGAGAUUGAGAGCUUUUCCACUCAAUCUACUUCGUAUCCAGUUCCGUACCAUCGCCGGAGGGACUCCCUCGAUGAGGCAAGGCCACGGUUCUCGACGAACACCAGUACCGGGCCUGGCCUAUACCACGGCCUAGACGACCAACCAAUGACGCCAUCCUCUGCCGGGUGUGGGUUAACUGAGUACGGCUAUGAGCCAAGCGAGGCCAGCAUCGCGUGGAGCAUCACCACGGCAGAAGGGACAUCGUGGGACCGGGGGAGCGUGACUAAUUACUCUGUCAGCGCAUCUGAUGUGGAAGAGUUCACCAGGAUGCAGCUGCGGCUGCACCAGGAGCUGGAGAGGGGCGGCGGCGGGGAGGGUGGCGGAGGUAGGUGGAGAGGGAAUGGGCUGCUGACGAGCUGCCGAUGCGAGAAGGCGGUGAGCGUGGGGCCAAGCCCUGUGAAAUGUGCGCCUGAGCAGGGACAUGUGCAGGGACAUGUGCAUGAACAUGGACAUGGAGAUGGACAUGGACAGGGACAUCAUAAGAGCAGGCCUCCCGCAUCUUUGCCAGCACCACCAAGUGCCUUGGCCAGGCAUGUGAGCAGUAGGCCACCACCAGUCGCCAACAAGCCACCCAUCCCGAGCUCUCACCCGGCUCGCCUGUCCCUAACUUUCGCAACAUAGCCAGCGAGGUCCGUGCCAAUCCCGACUCGCACUUCGCGAUCCCCACGCGACGUGACAAAACCUGUGUUCUAUCCUUUCACGUCGCAAGUUUGAUUUGUGUAAUCUGUUCCCCGAACUUUCCUUUCCUUUGCCUUGAUUGUUCCUUCUAGCAUGGGCCUUGUGGGUCUAUGCUUUUGCACGAUGCUGACCGAGACAGAAUCAAUGAUUAAGUUGGAAA